UCGGCAUAGCUUUUCAGCCAUGCACCUUAAAGGAACGGUCGAGUAACCAAUCAAAACACCGGUGGUGUAUCACAUGUACAUAAACAGGACGACGACAUAAAGGCGUAAGAACCAGGAAGUGGCAUUAAGGAUGCAAUGGAUAGUUUUAUUUUAGCUAGUAGUAGCUAUUUUAGUAAACACUAAGCGGUGUCGAAAAAUAAUAUGAGACAGCUUGGAUAUAAUCUACGAAGAAAUGCCACUAUUCUCACAGAAUCGGAAAAUUGACCGCGUGAGCACAACAGCAGAGUUAUUCAGCAAGCAUUCACACUUGCAGGAGAACGCUCGAGUGUUCCGUAGUGAGAAACCGGCUACUAUUGACCCGAAGUGCCUGUUAUAUGUGCAGCAGCGGGAGUUUGCAGCCACAACUCCAUUAGACAAAUCUGUCACCUUCAUUGGGUCUGCGGAUGCAACUACCUGUCACUUAGUUCUGUUGCGACACACAGGGAGUGGAGCAGCAUGCCUGGCCCACUGUGAUGGGUCCAGAACGUGGUCUGAGGUCCCCCUCAUAGUGAAGGCUGUCACCUCCUUAACCGGUGCUGUGAAGGAUGGCAGAUUUGAGCUUCACCUAGUUGGGGGAUUUGAUGAUGAAUCACAAACGUCCCAUAAACUCAGCCUUAAUCUUUUGGCGGCCUUUCAGAAACAGCAGGAGGAGAUACACCUAGAGACAUGUUGCAUCACAGAAAUGAAUGAUGAGGUUGUGGAGGGGGUUCAUCGGCCCGUGGUGUAUGGAAUAGGAGUGAAUGUAAAAACAGGGGAAGUGUUCCCAGCCUCUUUCCCAACCCGAGGACCAGCAGAGGACCUGCGCUCCGCACGCACCUUCACUGGGGGACAGAUGGCUGAGAUCUAUGACUCAAGCAAAGAGCAAGUGGAAAUAGGCUCAUGCAAAUGGUCACCCAACAAAGACAUUGCCUUCUGGUUGGCGCAGGAUGACGAUACCAUCUUACAGUACCUGUCUACAUCCCCGAUGGCUGAGCCUCCACACUUCGUGCAGCACAUCAAGUCCACUAUCCAGUUCCUCCUGGACCACCCCACCGCAGACAGCCUCUUCCCCGGGGGCCAGCCCCAGAUCUUCAAGCGUACGGCACAGGGAGGGUGGGACCGCACCCCUCCUCCUCCUCCGCAGCAGUAGGAGUGUGUCGCCCCCUUUGGAGGAACUAUGGAAUUCUUAUUCACUCCUUAAUCCAUGGAAAUCACUGUGACGCCACCCCCCCCCCCCCCCAUACCCCCCCAAACGCCUCAGUGGGGACUUCUGAUUGGACUUAUUGUGUUCGAAUGGACAAGCAUGGGUCUUUUGAACAUGUUCUAUUGGAUGCAUUUCUAAGCUGACCUUUGCUCUGAAAGAGUGUGCCCCCUUGGACCAUAAUGUGCCCAGAAAGGGGCUUCAUUUAAAACUGUCAGGAAGGUGACUAGAAUGACCAUGCAUAAUUCUUCCCUGAGCUCCCGUUUAAAGCUAGUGAAAAGAUGGCAAGAUUCAUGUUUUUCAAAAUGGGGUUUAAAAAGAAUAUGGAUCAGAGGAUCUUCCUACAAAAACAAACGGAUAGAUCAGGAACAAUAGAGACAUAUAAUUUGUCUUGAUGUUCAGGCCCUCUAGAAUGUCCAAUUCUGGGCUUUUGUCAUGUAUGUUACACCUACUUGGGCCUUAAGACCAACCAGCAUUCUAAAUGGAAGUGCUUUGUGUCGACUAUAUUGAUUCAAUUACACCAUUUCUGUGAGCCUGAAUACAGGAGGACCUGUAAAUUAUAAAUCACCAGAUAUACCAGAUUCUAAAUAGAGAAUCCUGGGCAUUAUGCACCAUUAAGUUCAUCUGACCUUUAUCGGAGGCUAAUUAUGAGCAACACAUUAUGUGAACUUUAACAGAGAAACAUUUUGAGUCUUUGUGCAACAUUUCAUUUAUUACUGCUGUAUAGGGGUGUCCAAUCCAGCAUGGUAAUGCAAGCUGUACAUGAGUUCUGUACAAUAAUUGGAUUUCAUUUUUUGACUCAGAGACCAGUGCUGAACACUGAUGCAUGGUUGAAAGUUUUAAGUGUCUCAGUUAAAUUCCUGAACUAUUUUCACAUACAAUAUAGUGUAGCCAACCAGAAAGAAACUCAAACUCCUUGAUUAUUUUCAUCUUCAAAUGCCUACAAAUGAAGAAAAAAAUACAUUUAAAGUAAGACCGUUCAGAUUUACUAAAGAAUACCUGGAUCAGUUCAUCUAGAUGUGUCUGUAGUAAAUCAAUACAACUGAGAA